AUGAAGAAUAGCCUAAAAGUUGGAAGUUUUAAGCAUCUUGUAGGGCCUUCUGUGCAAACAGCUCUGAGAUCAAGACGUUAUAUACGUUGGAAUGACGGGAAAUUUGGUUUACAGAAUCAAGAAACGAAUAUUAAAACGCCAACGACAGCGAUACGAAUGAAAAAGUGGCUGAGUAGCGCUGAUGUGAAGUGUAGUAAAGGAGAAAGAUGUAAUUCACGCGAUCAUUUAAUGAAGAAUAAUAAAGCUGGCACGUCAACAGCUAAUUUAUCAUGUUGUAAAUCAACAAGAUUAGAACUGCGAGAGCCAUCAUUUCUGAGUGAGAAAGGUGUACUACGGGUAUAUGUGAACGGCAAAACGGUGCAUCUUCCAGUGCCGAAUUCAAUAACCGGUCUUGAUCUUACAUGUGAACUUGAUGCUCCUACAUGUGAACCGACACUUAAUUGGGUUUACGGUUAUCGCGGUAAAGAUUGUCGUGGGAAUCUUUAUGAAUUACCAACUGGUGAAAUUGUUUAUUUCACGGGUACCAUCGCCGUAUUGCACAAUCCUAACGAAGGAUCGCAACGAUAUUACACCAAACAUACCAGUGAUAUCAAAUGCAUGGCUAUUCAUCCAAAUAAACUACAUAUUGCCACCGGUCAAACAUCGAGGCGUUAUCUGGAAAAAGGCGGUUUCAACAUCCAUCGCUCACCGAUAUCUUCAAUUACGGAAUUGAACAACAUUUUGCAAACUGAUCAGUAUAAGGCUUUAGUACAUAUUUGGGAUUCGGUAACUCUUCAAACGUUACGGACAAUUGGAACAGGUGAUACAAGCGCUAAUUUUGACCGAGGUAUUCAGUGUUGCGCAUUUAGCCAUGCUGCAACGGAUGGCAUGCAACUUGCAGUUAUUGAUGAUUCCUAUGAACAUAUACUUAGUGUUUGGGAAUGGCAAAAAGGGAAAAAGAUUGCAGAAAUUAAGAGUGCUAAUGAUCAAGUGUUUGCAUGUGAAUUUCAUCCAUAUUCCAAAACUAUCCUUAUGUCUUACGGUAAAGGUCAUUGCAAUGUUUGGACUAUCGAUGGAGCAACACUCAUCAAAAAACCCAUUACAUUCGAGGGUCGUAAUAAACCAAAGCUGGUACUUUCUUCACAUUUCACUGAACGAGGGCAUAUCAUAACAGGUGAUUCCAAUGGCACGCUAACAAUUUGGGAUACAUAUCAGGUUAAACCAAUUCGCCAAGUGCCGAAGGUUCAUAAUGGCGGCGUUUGGGCACUAUGCUUACUUGGUAACGGUCACUUCAUUUCGGCUGGUAAGGAUCGAAUGCUGUUUGAAUGGGAAACUGAUGGUUUGACAAAGAUUCGUGGUCCGAUUAGUUUUCCAGAUGAAGGAAGCGGUUGUAUACGUACUAUAGUAUCAACUUCAAGUUCUCAUUUAUUCAUUGGUACAACACGGAAUACAAUUUGGAGUGGCACAUUAGAUAAUGGUUUUCAACAAAUUCAGCAGGCACAUGCAGAUACUGUAACACAUAUUACCUCGCAUCCAACAAAAUCACAAUUCCUCUCUUCCUCAACUGAUAAAAAAUUACAAUUGUACGAUACAGAAACGAAAACGGUUCUUUGGACUUUGCAUGUUAAGGAUGAAAUAUGUUGCGCUGAUUUUCAUCCAGAUGGUGAUAUUUUUGCCAUUGGUUUUGCCAGCGGGACGUGGGCUGUGUAUAUUUGCACGCAUCAAACGCAGCUUUAUAGUUUUGAAGAAGAAAUAAAUAAUGCGAUUACAACCAUACGAUUUUCAACAAUCGGCAAUUUUUUGGCUGUUGCAACCAAAGGAAAGAAGUUGUCAAUCUAUGCUAUAUCCGGUGAUUUUCGUCAUUUUGUUAAAGUAUCGCAGAUUACGGAGUUGAAUGCUUCGAUAAAAACGAUGGACUGGUCAACAGAUGGUACUUUGCUGCGGGCCAAUGAUGAUGACCUCCAACACUAUAUCUGGAAUUCAAGAACUGGUCAAUUGGCUAGUAUACAACAGGCUAGUGAUGUGGAAUGGGCUUCAUCAAGAUGUCCUGUUUCAUUUGAGAAUGCUUGCAUUUUAUAUGCUUUAAUGAAAUCUGUUGCUGCCAUUGAUCGUAGUCCCGAUAAGCAGUAUGUUGCAGUAGCUCUAUCUAAUGGCAUGCUUCGUUUCUAUCAGUAUCCGACAACAACGAUUCUGGCUUCAUAUAAGGAAACAUACGGUUAUAGUGUCUCCUCACGAAAUAUUGCUUUUGUUGGGGAACUGCUGAUUAGUGAUGGUGCCAAUGAUGGAACACUUUACCAAUGGAAAUUAUCCAAGAAAACCUGA